AUAUAUGCAAAAAACCUGGUGAAUGCAGAUAGAUGUGCACUAUUCCAGGUGGACCACAAUAACAACGAACUGUACUCAGACCUGUUUGACAUCGGGGAGGAGAGCGAGGGCAAACCUGUCUUCAGGAAAACCAAAGAGAUUCGGUAAGGGUCAUGAUUGAUACUGCUUAUGUGAGUGAUUCUCUGAAGAGUUGUGUUGAAUUGACUAGUGAUUGUGUGAACGAUUCUAUGACGGACUAUGUUGAAUUGACUAGUGAUUGUGUGAACGAUUCUCUGACGGACUAUGUUGAAUUGACUAGUGAUUGUGUGAACGAUUCUCUGACGGACUAUGUUGAAUUGACUAGUGAUUGUGUGAACGAUACUCUGGUGACAGCAGCUGAGCAGUUGUAACUAUAGAACUAGAAUCCUAGAACAGGGACACUAGAAUCCUAGAACAGGGAAACUAGAAUCAUAGAACAGGGGAACUAGAAUCAAAGAACAGGGGAACUAGAAUCAUAGAACAGGGGAACUAGAAUCAUAGAACAGGGGAACUAGAAUCCCUAGAACGGGGAAACUACAAUCAAGGAAUGGGGAAAUUACAAUCCUAGAAUGGGUAAGCUACAAUCAUAGAACAGGGAAAUUACAAUCCUAGAACAGAGAAGCUACAAUCCUAGAACGUAGUAACUAAAAUCCCUAGAACGGGGAAACUAGAAUCCUAGAACAGCAAAACUAAAAUCCCUAGAACAGGGGAACUAGAAUCCUAGAACAGGGGAACUAGAGAACAGGGGAACUAGAAUCCUACAACAUGGGAACUAGAAUCCUAGAACAGGGGAACUAGAAUCCUAGAACAGGGACACUAGAAUCCUAGAACAGGGAAACUAGAAUCCUAGAACAGGGGAACUAGAAUCAUAGAACAGGGGAACUAGAAUCAUAGAACAGGGGAACUAGAAUCAUAGAACAGGGGAACUAGAAUCAUAGAACAGGGGAACUAGAAUCAUAGAACAGGGGAACUAGAAUCCUAGAACAGGGGAACUAGAAUCCUAGAACAGGAAAACUAGAAUCCUAGAACAGGGGAACUAGAAUCCUAGAACAGGGAAACUAGAAUCCUAGAACAGGGGAACUAGAAUCAUAGAACAGGGGAACUAGAAUCAUAGAACAGGGGAACUAGAAUCAUAGUAAUAAUCCAGAACAGGGUAUAGACAUCCUAGCAACAGUGGAACUAUAUCCUAGAACAGGGAAACUAGAACAUAUAACAGGGGAACUAUAAUCAAUAAGAACAAUGGGAACUAGAACAUAGACCAGGGGGCUAGAAUCAUAUGAACUUGGGGUGGCCUAGAAUCAUAGAACAGGGAAACUAGAAUCCUAGAACGGGGAACUAGAAUCUGAACAGGGGAACUAGAAUCCCUAAGAACAGGAAACUAGAUCCGAGAACAGGGGAACUAGAAUUCCUAUAACAGGGGAACUAGAAUCCUAGAACAGGGAAACUAGAAUCCUUAGAACAGGGAACAGAAAUCCUAGACAUGGAAACUAGAAUCCUUAACAGCCAGGGGAACUAGAAUCCUAAGAACAGGGAAACUAGAAUCCUAGAACAGGGGAACUAGAAUCCUAGAACAGGGAAACUAGAAUCCUAGAACAGGGAAACUAGAAUCCUAGAACAGGGGAACUAGAAUCCUAGAACAGGGAAACUAGGAUCUAUGGUUGUAACCUCCAGCGCUCUUCUGUCCUCUCCUCGUCCAGGUUUUCUAUAGAGAAAGGAAUAGCGGGCCAAGUGGCACGGACGGGGGAGGUCCUUAACAUCCCAGACGCCUAUGCAGACCCACGCUUUAAUAGGUGAAACUCCCAUUUUACCCUGGCUGCGUCUGAAAUGGCACCCUAUUUCCUAUUUAUGGGUUGCACGUUUCGUCACAACAUUGUUUUGAACGCUCGCUUUAUGACUGAUGCCCAGCUGAGCAUUCCACUCAAUGCAGUCCCGAGUGGCGCAGUGGGCUAAGGCACUGCAUCUCAAUGCAUCUCAGUGCUGGAGGCGUCACUACAGACCCUGGUUCAAUUCCAGGCUGUAUCACAAUCUGGCCGUGAUUGGGAGUCCCAUAGGGCGGGGGCACAAUUGGCCCAGGUUUGGCCGGGGUAGGCCGUCAUUGUAAAUAAGAAUUUGUUCUUAACUGACUUGCCUAGUUAAAUAAAUAAAGUCUCAAUAGGUGCUGAUGAAGAUUUAUUCUAAAGUGCACUACUGUGGCUUGGAAACACGAUGACAUUUCGAAAGGAGGCAAAUAAUUAGCAGGACAAGCUUUUGUCAUCAUUGUGAUGUCACCAGAUUUACUUUAGAUGCAGAAUAACGUUAGCUGGCUAGCUAAGAUUAGAAGGGAGAGCACCGACAUUUUAGCUAGCUAACGUUUAACAUUGUUAGCUAUUUCUGACUAACUUUGCUAGCUAAUGUCAACAUUGCCAUCUCUCUUUGCUAGCUCAUGGCAACAUUGCCAUCUCUUUAAAGUAAAAUGUAUGACAUCAUAAUGAUGGCAAAGUUGUUUUCUACUAAUUAUUUGUCUAUUUCGGCAAUGUCAUCGUAUUUCCAGGCCACUAAAGUGUAAUUUUGACUAAAAACAGUCACUAGCCCACGUUCAGAAACACUGGGCAUUAAUCAUCAGUGGGAAAUCAAUAUGCUGCGGCAUCUGUAGAACGUUGAUAACAAUGGCAACGAUGUGACGGAUGAAUAUAGUGCACUACUUUUGACCAGAUCCAUUUGGGCCCUGGUCAAAAGAAGUGCACUUUACAGUUGAAGUGGGAAGUUUACAUACACUUUUAGCCAAAUACAUUUAAACUCAGUUUUUCACAAUUCCUGACAUUUUUUAAUCCUAGUAAAAAAUUCCCUGUCUUAGGUCAGUUAGGAUCACCACUUUAUUUUAAGAAUGUGAUGUAUCAGAAUAAUAGUAGAGAGAAUGAUUUAUUUUCCUCCAAACAUAACGAUGGUCAUUAUGGCCAAACAGUUCUAUUUUUGUUUCAUCAGAGCAGAGGACAUUUCUCCAAAAAGUACGAUCUUUGUCUCCAUGUGCAGUUGCAAACCGUAGUCUGGCUUUUUUAUGGCGGUUUUGGAGCAGUGGAUUCUUCCUUUCUGAGCGGCCUUUCAGGUUAUGUCGAUAUAGAACUCGUUUUACUGUGGAUAUAGAUACUUUUGUACCUGUUUCCUCCAGCAUCUUCACAAGGUCCUUUGCUGUUGUUCUGGGAUUGAUUUGCACUUUUCCCACCAAAAUGCGUUCAUUUCUAGGAGACAGAAUGUGUCUCCUUCCUGAGCGGUAUGACAGCUGCGUGGUCCCAUGGUGUUUAUACUUGCGUACUAUUGUUUGUACAGAUGAACGUGGUACCUUCAGGCGUUUGGAAAUUGCUCCCAAGGAUGAACCAGACUUGUGGAGGUCUACACUUUUCUUUCUGAGGUCUUGGCUGAUUUCUUUUGAUUUUUUUUGUCAACAAUCUACACAAAAUACUCCUUAAUGUCAAAGUGAAAUAUCUUUUUAAUAUAUAUUUUUUAAUUAUAUAACUAAAAUAUAGUCGUUGCGUAAGUAUUCAGCUCCCUGAGUCAAUACAUGUUAGAAGCCCCUUUGGCAGCGAUUUACCGCUGUGAGUCUUCUUGGGUGAGUCUAUAAGAGCUUUCCGCACCUGGAUUGUGCAAUAUUUGCCCAUUAUUCUUUUCUAAAUUCUUCAAGCUCUGUCAACAUGUUGGGGAUCGUGGCUAGACAGCAAUUUUCAAGCAGAUUUACAGAUAGUUACAGUGGCUUGCGGAAGUAUUCACCCCCCUUGGCAUUUUUCCUAUUUUGUUGCCUUACAACCUGGAAUUAAAAUGGAUUUUUGGGGGGGUUUGUAUCAUUUGAUUAACACAACAUGCCUACCACUUUGAAGAUGCAAAAUAUGUUUUAUUGUGAAACAAACAAGAAAUAAGGCAAAAAAACAGAAAUAUUUUCACCAUGCCAACACAAUGCUUCCCUGUGGGGAUGGUGUUCUCUGGGUGAUGAGAGGUGUUGGGUUUGCGCCAGACAUAGCGUUUUCCUUGAUGGCCAGAAAGCUCAAUUUUAGUCUCAUCUGACCAGAGUACCUUCUUACAUAUGUUUGGGGAGUCUCCCACAUGGCUUUUGGCGAACACCAAACGUGUUUGCUUAUUUUUUUCUUUAAGCAAUGGCUUUUUUCUGGCCACUCUUCCGUAAAGCCCAGCUCUGUGGUACGGCUUAAAGUGGUCCUAUGGACAGAUACUCCAAUCUCCGCUGUGGAGCUUUGCAGCUCCUUCAGGGUUAUCUUUGGUCUCUUUGUUGCCUCUCUGAUGAAUGCCCUCCUUGCCUGGUCCGUGAGUUUUGGUGGGCGGCCCGCUCUUUGUUGUGGUGCCAUAUUCUUUCCAUUUUUUAAUAAUGAUUUAAUGGUGCUCCGUGGGAUGUUCAAAGUUUCUGAUAUUUUUUAUAACCCAACCCUGAUUUGUACUUCUCCACAACUUUGUCCCUGACCUGUUUUGAGAGCUCCUUGGUCUUCAUGGUGCCGCUUGCUUGGUGGUGCCCCUUGCUUAGUGGUGUUGCAGACUCUGGGGCCUUUUAGAACAGGUGUAUAUAUAUAUAUAUAUAUAUAUAUAUAUAUAUACAGUGCCAUCCACUAUUAUUGGCACCCCUGUUUAAGAUGUGGUCGAGGACUUCCAAAAAUUCUCCUUUUUUUUUUUAACAACAUAGAACCCAAAUGCAAAAAAAGAGAAAAAUCCAACCUUUUAUUUAAGUACAUUACUUUGGUGGUAAAAAAAAAAAUCACACAUUUAGAAAAAAAAAACUUGAAAUCAUGUGUCCCACAAUUAUUGGCACCCCUAACAAUUCCGCUGAAAAUUUUAAUUGAUUUUUUAAAAAAAUAUAUUUUUCUGUAGUUGCUAAAGUUGGUCAGGGUAUCUAGGAACUUUUAAUUAGUAAUUCAUGACUUCCUGUUUCCCUGGGUAUAAAUAUGACGUGACACAGAGGCCUAAUUCUCUUACCCAUUUGUCAACAUGGCAAAGACAAGAGAACACAUCAUUCAAGUAAGGCAGAUUUGUGUCGACCUUCAUAAGUCAGGCAAUGGCUACAAGAAAAUAGCCACUCACCUUAACUUGCCCGUAUCUACAGUCAGAGGAAUCAUUAAGAAGUUUAAAACAACUGGAACAGUGACAAACAAGGCUGGAAGAGGUCCCAAGUUUAUCUUGCCACAACGCACAGUGAGGAGGAUGGUAAGAGAGUAAAAAAAAGUCCUAAGCUCACUGUCACAGAAUUGCAUCAAAGAGUGGCAUCUUGGGGUCACAAAGUCUCCAAAACAACCAUCAGACGCUCUCUACAUGCCAACAAGCUGUUUGGGAGGCAUGCAAGGAAAAAGCCUUUUCUCACUAACACUCACAAACGUAAACGUCUGGAGUUUGCUAAGCGGCACUGGGACUUCAACUGGGAUCGUGUGCUUUGGUCAGAUGAGACUAAGAUUGAGCUUUUUGGCAACAAACACUCUAAGUGGGUCUGGCGUAAAACAAAAGAUGAGUAUGCCGAAAAGCACCUCAUGCCCACCGUGAAGUAUGGUGGAGGAUCUGUGAUGCUGUGGGCCUGUUUCUCUUCCAAAGGCCCUGGGAACCUUGUUAGGGUGCAUGGCAUUAUGAACGCUUUGAACUACCAGGACAUUUUAAAAUAAAAACCUGAUGGCCUCUGCCAGAAAGCUGAAGAUGGGUCGUCAUUGGGUCUUUCAGCAGGAUAAUGAUCCAAAAACGUGGCCAAAUCUACACAAAAAUGGUUCAGCAGUCACAAACUCAAGGUCCUCCCAUGGCCAUCUCAGUCCCCAGACCUCAACCCAAUCGAAAACCUGUGGGGCGAGCUAAAGAGGAGAGUGCAUAAGAGAGGACCCAGGACACUGGAUGAUCUAGAAAGAUUGUGCAAAGAAGAAUGGUCAAAGAUCCCUCUCUCUGUGUUCUCCAAUCUUGUGAAAUGUUAUAGGAGGAGAUUAAGUGCUGUCUUGUUGGCAAAAGGGGGUUGUACAAAGUAUUAACAUCAGGGGUGCCAAUAAUUGUGGGACACAUGAUUUCAAGUUUUUUUUUUUCUAAAUGUGUGAUUAUUUUUUUUUACACCAAAGUAAUGUACUUAAAUAAAAGGUUGGAUUUUUCUAUUUUUUUGCAUUUGGGUUCUAUGUUGUUUAAAAAAAAAAGGAGAAUUUUUGGAAGUCCUCGACCACAUCUUAAACAGGGGUGCCAAUCAUUGUGGAGGGCACUGUAUAUAUAUAUAUAUAUAUAUAUAUAUAUAUACUGAGAUCAUGUGACACUUAGAUUGCACACAGGUGGACUUUAUUUAACUAAUUAUGUGACCUCUGAAGGUAAUUGGUUGCACCAGAUCUUCUUUAGGGGCUUCAUAGCAAAGGGGGUGAAUACAUAUACACGCACCACUUUUCCGUUAUUUUUUUUAAAAUAAUGUUUUGAAACAAGUUAUUUUUUUCAUUUCACUUCACCAAUUUCGACUAUUUUGUGUAUGUCCAUUACAUGAAAUCCAAAUAAAAAUCAAUUUAAAUUACAGGUUGUAAUGCAACAAAAUAGGAAAAACGCCAAGGGGGAUGAAUACUUUUGCAAGGCACUGUAAGUCAAAACUGUAAUUUAGCCACUCAAGACAUUCACUGUCUUCUUGGUAAGCAGCAGUGUAGAUUUGGCUUUGUGUUGUAGGUUAUUGUCCUGCUGAAAGGUGAAUUCCUCUCCCAGUGUCUGGUGUAAAGCAUUUACAUUUUUUUCAUUUAGCAGACGCUCUUAUCCAGAGCGACUUACAGUUAGUGAGUGCAUACAUUAUUAAUUUUUAAUUUUUCAUACUGGCCCCCCGUGGGAAUCGAACCCACCAACUGAGCUACAUCCCUGCCGGCCAUUCCCUCCCCUACCCUGGACGACGCUGGGCCAAUUGUGCGCCGCCCCAUGGGUCUCCCGGUCGCGGCCGGCUACGACAGAGCCUGGAUUCGAACUAGGAUCUCUAGUGGCACAGCUAGCGCUGCGAUGCAGUGCCUUAGACCACUGCGCCACUCAGGAGACAGGAGUUCAGCCUUAGCUUUGAUGUAUAUAGUUUACUGGAAUAUAAGCCUAAUGAAUAAACAAUGGCAUCAUGUCAAGUUGAAUGCUGGGAUACAUUUUAAGGUCGACUUUGGGCAUAAAAAAAAAACGGUCCAACUCCGCCCCUUUCUCAAUUUUCUAACAGAAAUUGGGUGUGCUGUUAUUUUUGCGUUUUUUGUCCAAAGUCUACUUUUAACCCCAUUCUUUUCUCUUCACAGAGAGGUGGACCUCUAUACAGGCUACACCACGCGGAACAUCCUAUGCAUGCCCAUUGUUUCCAGGGGGACCGUAAUAGGGGUCGUACAGAUGGUUAACAAGCUGAGUGGAAGUGCCUUCACCAAAACAGACGAGAACAACUUCAAGAUGUUCGCCGUCUUCUGUGCUCUAGCCUUGCACUGUGCCAACGUCAGUGUUUUGUCUCUUUUAAUAUAUAUUUUUUAUCAAAAUGUAUUUUAUUUUGUGUUAGACAAAACAAGCCACAUAUAUGACAUUCAGGAUACAGUAUACUCCAGUACAAAUCUGAGAGUUUCUCUUUCCAUUAAAAUCAGCGAUUCUCAAUCCACUUAAGAAUUGACUCCUCAACUCUGUACUGCACAGUUAACCGACACAUCAAAGGCCAAUAUUAGACACAGUAAAAGCUUGGAAAAUCAUGAAUCAGAAUGACUAAAGCUUGACUAUUUAGCUCAGUCCAGCCCCAAAAGCCUGCUGGGACCAACACUCCUGACAUGUCUUUGAGCUAUGUGUCCCCAAGACGUUGUUAAACAUCUGGGGUAGGACAGCCAGGCUGUACGCACGCAGACACCAAACCCCCAACACCUUCCCUCCACGUCCCUUCCACCAUAACAGAUAAAUCAGGAGAUCCAGCCAGCCAAAGUGACUUACCUAAAGGUACACACACACACACACACAGAGACACACAUACACACGCACACACACUAACACACACACACACCUAAAGGCAGGAGGCGUGAAUUACUGUUCAACAUAAAUCCCCCAGCUGGGAGGAUGGCAGCGGUUGGCGGGGGAGGGUCUUGGGGUGUUAAAAUAUUAACGUGCCUCAUCAAUUUUAAAAGUAACAUGAUGACGCAAGCUCCUGCGCAAGUGUGUCGCAUUAGAGGGGGAGGUCAGAAGGAGGAGAGGAAGAGAGAGGAAGCGGAGAAGAGAGAGGGGGAGAGAGGAGAGAGACUGAAGUGGAGAGGGGAGAAAGAGAGAGGAGAGAGACUGAGGGAGGGUGAGGGAAGAAGAGAAGGAAGAUAACUGAGGGAGGAGAGGAGAAAAGAGAGAGAAAAGAGACUGAGGGAGGAGAAGGAGAAAGAGAGGAGAGAGACAGGGAGGUAACAUGAAAGGUAAAAAAAGGUCUUUUUUAGGGGUUAAUUAGAUUAGAUACAUUUUUAUUAUAUUGAUAAAAUAUAUUAUUAGGGCCUUUUUUGGGAUUUAUUUUGGUUUUAUCCCCCCAAAAUUUAAUUUAAAUGAGGGGUUUUUUAUUCUUUCCUUUGUUAAUUGAAUCUGAUAUUUACUUUUUUUUCCAAUAUUAACGUUUUUUUUCACACAAAAAAAGAUAUGACUCCAACGGCACAACCGGCAGAAGAAAGAGAAUGGGCCAUUUUUUAAAAGUCUUCCUCCCGUCUACCUUUCUUUCUGUCUGUCUCUUUCCUGUCCAGAUUACCACCGGUCAGGCACUCUGAUUAUACAGGUAAACCCUGGAAAAGUUUUCCUACCACAGUAAUUCUCAGAGAGUGGGGCCCCUCACACAGCUGGACCUGCCUACGCCCCUAUACAAAGAGAUAGAACUGUGAGUGUCAUAACUCUAAACCCUAACCCAACACCCUUAUACAAAGAGAUAAUCCCAAUGUGUUCAUACACCUUAACCUAGCUCUUAUAGUAUUCUGAUCCCCAGCCAUGUUUAUCCGAGCAGACCUGGGUUCAAACAGUAUUUGUUUUCUUUCAAAUAUUUACAAUUGGGCUUGAUUGAGCUUGUUGGACACAAUGGAACCAAUAGAAUGGUCCAAAACGUGAAAACCCUGCCAAUCUGGUAGGCUUAAUCAAAUUAUCAAAGUAUUUGAAAGGAAAUAAAUGCUUUUGGGGACCCAUGUCUGUCUCUAAGAAAGGGAGAGAGACGGCCCUCACGUAGACACAGUCCAGAUCUGAGUGCCAGCCAGCUCUCUUCUUGAGGACAGACUGACAGACAGACAGGAGGACAGACAGACAGACAGGAGGACAGACAGACAGACAGGAGGGCAGACAGACAGACAGGAGGGCAGACAGACAGCCAGGAAGGCAGACAGACAGACAGACAGACAGGAGGACAGACAUGACAUACAGACAGACAACAGACAGACAGACAGACAAGACAGACAGACGAGGACAGACAGACAGGAGGACAGUACAGACAGACAGACAGACAGACAGACAGACAGACAGACAGACAGACAGACAGACAGACAGACAGACAGACAGACAGACAGACAGACAGACAGACAGACAGACAGACAGACAGACAGACAGACAGACAGACAGACAGACAGACAGACAGACAGGAGAGAAUGUCCAGAGCAGGAAGGAAGGGGUCCUGCCCCGCGAGUGUGUGUUUCAGCCCAGCUAUUGCCUCUCUCUCUUUCUCCCACAUACACACACACACACACACACACACACACACACACACUGCAGGCGAUGAUAAUCUAAGAUGCUCCCUCUCUCUCCCUCCUUCCUUCCCUCCCUCCCUCCUUCCUUCCUUCCCUCUCUCCCUCCUUCCUUCCCUCCCGCCUUCAUUCCUUCCCUCUCUCCCUCCUUCCCUUCUCCCUCCUUCCCUCUCUCCCUCCCUACUUCCCUCUCUCCCUCCCUCCUCCAGGUUUCAUUUUGACAUUAGUCAGUUUGAGGAGCUGUGGCCAGCUGUCUUUGUUUACAUGGUCCACAACUCAUGUGGAGAGACCAGGUACGUACAGGACAUUUACAGCUGCUUGUCGUCAGGGAAAUUAACUUAGUCAUAUUUACCCAUAGAUUCUACAAGAUAAAUUAACUUAGUCUUAUACAGUAUACCUAUAGAUUUCACUUAUAAAUGCUUUGAUCUUAAUCUGAGGACAGGAUAAAUACUAUACCUCUACAAUACUUUACCUACUUCUCCAUCCCUCCCAAGAUCUCUCUCUCUCUCUCUCUCUCUCUCUCUCUCUCUCUCUCUCUCUCUCUCUCUCUCUCUCUCUCAAUUCAAUUCAAUUCAAUGGGCUUUAUUGGCAUGGGAAACAAAUGUUCCCAUUGCCAAAGCAAGUUCAAUAGAUAAUAAACAAAAGUGAAAUAAACAAUAAAAAAUGUACAGUAAACAUUACAAGGAAUAGAGACAUUUCACAUGUCAUAUUAUGGCUAUAUACAGUGUUGUAACAAUGUGCGAAAAGGGAAAAUAAAUAAACAUAAAUAUGGGUUGUAUUUACAAUGGUGUUUGUUCUUCACUGGUUGCCCUUUUCUUGUGAACAACAGGUCACAAAUCUUGCUGCUGUGAUGGCACACUGUGGUAUUUCACCCAAUAGAUAAGGGAGUUUAUCAAAAUUGGAAUUGUUUUUGAAUUCUUUGUGGGUCUGUGUAAUCUGAUGGGAAAUAUGUGUCUCUAAUAUGGUCAUACAUUUGGCAGGAGGUUAGGAAGUGCAGCUCAGUUUCCACCUCGUUUUGUGGGCAGUGUGCACAUAGCCUGUCUUCUCUUGAGAGCCAGGUCUGCCUACGGCGGCCUUUCUCAAUAGCAAGGCUAUGCUCACUGAGUCUGUACAUAGUCAAAGCUUUCCUUAAUUUCUGGUCAGUCACAGUGGUCAGGUAUUCUGCCACUGUGUACUCUCUGUUUAGGGCCAAAUAGCAUUCUAGUUUGCGCAGUUUUUUGAUAAUUAUUUUCAAUGUGUCAAGUAAUUAUCAUUUUGUUUUCUCAUGAUUUGGUUGUGGUCUAAUUGUGUUGUUGUUGUCCUGGGGCUCUGUGGGGUCUGUUUGUGUUUGUGAACAGAGCCCCAGGACCAGCUUACUUAGGGGACUCUUCUCCAGGUUCAUCUCUCUGUAGGAGAUGGCUUUGUUAUGGAAGGUUUGGGAAUCACUUCCUUUUAAGUGGUUAUAGAAUUUAACGGCUCUUUUCUGGAUUUUGAUCAUUAGCGGGUAUCGGCUUAAUUCUACUCUGCAUGCAUAAUUUGAUGUUUUACAUUGUACACUGAGGAUAUUUCUUGCAGAAUUCUGCAUGCAGAGUCUCAAUUUGGUGUUUGAACAAUUUUGUGAAUUCUUGGUUGGUGAGCAGACCCUAGACCUCACAACCAUAAAGGGCAAUGGGUUCUAGAACUGAUUCAAGGAUUUCUUGCAAGAUCCUAAUUUGUAUGUUGAAUUUUAUGUUCCUUUUGAUGGCAUAGAAGGCCCUUCUUGCCUUGUCUCUCAGAUCGUUCACAGCUUUGUGGAAGUUACCUGUGGCGCUGAUGUUUAGGCUGAGGUAUGUAUCGUUUUUUGUGUGCUCUAGGGCAACGGUGUCUAGAUGGAAUUUGUAUUUGUGGUCCUGGCAACUGGACCGUUUUUGGAACACCAUUAUUUUUGUCUUACUGAGAUUUACAGUCAGGGCCCAGGUCUGACAGAAUCUGUGCAGAAGAUCUAGGUGCUGUAGGCCUCUUUGGUUGGGGACAGAAGCACCAGAUCAUCAGCAAACAGUAGACAUUUGACUUCAGAUUCUAGUAGGGUGAGGCCGGGUGCUGCAGAUGGUUCUAGUGCCCUCGCCAAUUUGUUGAUAUAUAUGUUGAAGAGGGUGGAGCUCAAGUUGCAUCCUUGUCUCACCCCACGGCCCUGUGGAAAGAAAUGUGUGUUUUUUGCCAAUUUUAACUGCACAAUUGUUGUUUGUGUACAUGGAUUUUAUAAUGUUGUAUGUUUUUCCCCCAACACCGCUUUCCAUCAAUUUGUAUAGCAGACCCUCAUGCCAAAUUGAGUUUGUUUGUCAAUUAGAGUGUGCAGGGUGAAUACGUGGUCUGUCGUACGGUAAUUUGGUAAAAAGCCAAUUUGACAUUUGCUCAGUACAUUGUUUUAACUGAGGAAAUGUACAAGUCUGCUGUUAAUGAUAAUGCAGAGGAUUUUCCCAAGGUUGCUGUUGAUGCAUAUCCCACGGUGGUUAUUGGCGUCAAAUUUGUCUCCACUUUUGUGGAUUGAGGUUAUCUGUCCUUGGUUCCAAAUAUUGGGGAAGAUGCCAGAGCUGAGGAUGAUGUUAAAGAGUUUAAGUAUAGCCAAUUGGAAUUUGUGGUCUGUAUAUUUUAUCAUUUCAUUUAGGAUACCAUCAACACCACAGGCCCAUUUGGGUUGGAGGGUUUGUAUUUUGUCCUGUAGUUCAUUUAAUGUAAUUGGACAAUCCAGUGGGUUCUGGUAGUCUUUAGUAGCUGAUUCUAAGAUUUGUAAUUGUUCAUGUAUACGUUUUUGCUGUUUGUUCUUUGUUAUAGAGCCGAAAUGGUUUAUCCCACACAUCUCCGUUUUGGAUAGAUACAGUGGCUUGCGAAAGUAUUCACCCCCCCUUGGCAUUUUUCCUAUUUUGUUGCCUUACAACUUGGAAUUAAAAUUGAUUUUUUGGGGGGUUUGUAUCAUUUGAUUUACACAACAUGCCUACCACUUUGAAGAUGCAAAAAAUUUUUUUUUGUGAAACAAGAGUGUGCAUAACUAUUCACCCCCCCCAAAGUCAAUACUUUGUAGAGCCAACUUUUGCAGCAAUUACAGCUGCAAGUCUCUUGGGGUAUGUCUCUAUAAAUCUAGCCACUGUGAUUUUUGCCCAUUCUUCAAGGCAAAACUGCUCCAGCUCCUUCAAGUUGGAUGGGUUCGGCUGGUGUACAGCAAUCUUUAAGUCAUACCACAGAUUCUCAAUUGGACUGAGGUCUGGGCUUUGACUAGGCCAUUCCAAGACAUUUAAAUGUUUCCCCUUAAACCACUCGAGUGUUGCUUUAGCAGUAUGCUUAGGGUCAUUGUCCUGCUGGAAGGUGAACCUCCGUUCCAGUCUCAAAUUUCUGGAAGACUGAAACAGGUUUCCCUCAAGAAUUUCCCUGUAUUUAGCGCCAUCCAUCAUUCCUUCAAUUCUGACCAGUUUUCCCAGUCCCUGCCAAUGAAAAACAUCCCCACAGCAUGAUGCUUUAAGUAUAUCCAGGCUCUGUCGCAGCCGGCCGCGACCGGGAGACUCAUGGGCGGCGCACAAUUGGCCUAGCGUUGUCCAGGGUAGGGGAGGGAAUGGCCGGCAGGGAUGUAGCUCAGUUGAUAGAGCAUGGCGUUUGCAACGCCAGGGUUGUGGGUUCGAUUCCCACGGGGGACCAGUAUGAAAGAAAAAAAAAAUCUAAAAAAUCAAUAAUGUAUUCACUAACUGUAAGUCUCUCUGGAUAAGAGCGUCUGCUAAAUGACUAAAAUGUCAUGUAAAUGUAAUGCUGCCACCACCAUGCUUCACUGUGGGGAUGGUGUUCUCGAGGUGAUGAGAGGUGUUGGGUUUGCGCCAGACAUAGCGUUUUCCUUGAUGGCCAAAAAGCUCAAUCUUAGUUUAAUCUGACCAGAGUACCUUCUUCCAUAUGUUUGGGGAGUCUCCCACAUGGCUUUUGGCAAACACCAAACGUGUUUGCUUAUUUUUUUCUUUAAGCUAUGGCUUUUUUCUGGCCACUCUUCCAUAAAGCCCAGCUCUGUGGAGUGUACGGCUUAAAGUGGUCCUAAUGACAGAUACUCCAAUCUCCGAUCUCCGCUGUGGAGCUUUGCAGCUCCUUCAGGAUUAUCUUUGGUCUCUUUGUUGCCUCUCUGAUUAAUGCCCUCCUUGCCUGGUCCAUGAGUUUUGGUGGGCGGCCCUCUCUUGGCAGGUUUGUUGGGGUGCCAUAUUCUUUCAAUUUUUUAAUAAUGGAUUUAAUGGUGCUCCGUGGGAUGUUCAAAGUUUCUGGAUAUUUUUUUAUAACCCAUCCCUGAUCUGUACUUCUCCACAACUUUGUCCCUGACCUGUUUUGAGAGCUCCUUGGUCUUCAUGGUGCCGCUUGCUUGGUGGUGCCCCUUUCUUAGUGGUGUUGCAGAUUCUGGGGCCUUUCAGAACAGGUGUAUAUAUACACUGAGAUCAUGUGACAGAUGAUGUGAUACUUAGAUUGCAUACAGUUGGACUUUAUUUAAUUAAUUAUGUGACUUCUGAAGGUAAUUGGUUGCACCAGAUCUUAUUUAGGGGCUUCAUAGCAAAGUGGGUGAAUACAUAUGCACGCACCACUUUUCCGUUAUUUUUUUAAAAUAAUGUUUUGAAACAAGUUAUUUUUUUCAUUUCACUUCACCAAUUUGGACUAUUUUGUAUAUGUCCAUUACAUGAAAUCCAAAUAAAAAUCAAUUUAAAUUACAGGUUGUAAUGCAACAAAAUAGGAAAAACGCCAAGGGGGAUGAAUACUUUUGCAAGACACUGUAUGCUGAGAGUGUCAGGUUCUUGUCCAGUUCUGGCAUUUAGGUCACCACAGACUAGUACAUGUCCCUGGGCCUGGAAAUGGUUGAUCUGCCCUCCAGGAUGGAGAAGCUGUCUUCAUUAUUGUAAAAUGUAAAAUGUUCCUGUAUUGACUAAUUUAAUAGAGUGGAUUAGGUCUGAUCUAUACCAAAUUAGCAUACCCCCUGAGUCUCUUCCCUGUUUCACACCUGGUAGUUGGUGGAUGGACUACCACCAGCUCUCUGUAACCUAGAGGGCAACCAGUGUGUGUCUCCUCUAUACCAAGUCCCUGAGUGUUGCAGUGGUCUAAGGCGGCAGCAUCGCGUGCUAGCUGUGGCCACUAGAGAUCCUGGUUCGAAUCCAGGCUCUGUCGCAGGCCGGCCGCGACCGGAGACUCAUGGGCAGCGCACAAUUGUCCAGGGGUAGGGGAGGGAAUGGCCGGCAGGGAUGUAGCUCAGUUGAUAGAGCAUGCGUUUGCAACGCCAGGGUUUGGGUUCAAUUCCCUGGGGGACCAGUAUGAAAAAAAUUAUAUAUAUGUAUCACUAACUGUAAGUCGCUCUGGAUAAGAGCGUCUGCUAAAUGACUAAAAAUGUAUAAAUGGAAAAUGUUUCUUAUAGGAUGACAGUGUCUGUAUUUCCGAUUUCUUUGAUGAAGUCUGGGUUCCUGCUCUUUAGGACAAAGGCAGAUGACCUCAGACCUUCUCUCUCUCUCUCUCCCCCUCCCCUUGAGUGAAUUGAGAUGGAAUUGACCCUAACCCUGUUUGGAAUCAGUUGAUGACAUCCAUGCUUUCACUUUUCUCAUGAUUUGGUCUAAUCAUGUUGCUCUCUCUCUCGUUCUCUCCCAUCCUCUCUCUCUCUCUCUCUCUCUCUCUCUCUCUCUCCCUACCUCUCCCCCAACCUCUCGCUACCCCCCCUCUCCCCCAUCCUCUCUCACUCUCACUCUCCCUACCUCUCCCCCAUGCUCUCUUUCCCCUCUCUCUCUCUUUCCCCCACCCUCCUCCCUCUAGUUUUGAGUUGGAGAAGUUGUGCAGGUUCACUAUGUCUGUGAGGAAGAACUAUCGGCGUGUUCCCUACCACAACUGGAAACACGCGGUGAACGUGGCUCACUGUAUGUACGUCAUACUGCAGAAGACCACUGGCAUCUUCACUGAGAUAGAGGUGCCUGUCUGUCUGUCUGUCUGCCUGCCUGCCUGCCUGCCUGCCUGUCUGUCUGUCUGUCCAUCAGUUUGUCAAAAACACAGUCAGUCAAGAGUUCAAAUAAAACAAGGUUCAGAAAGAGGGUUGCGGUCAAUUCCAUUCCAAUUCAGUCAUAUAAAGAACAUCAGUUUACUUCCUGAAUUGAGAUGGAAUUGACCCUAACGCUGUUAAGAAUCAGUUGAUGUAAUUGCUUUCACUUUUCUGGUUGGGUCUAAUCAUGUUGCUGUUUCUCUACCUCUUCCUCAUCCUCUCCCCCAUCCUCUCUCUCCCCCACCCCCUCCCCCCGCUCUCUCCCCCAUCGCUCUCUCCCCCCAUCCUCUCCCCCAUCGCUCCUCGCCCACCUCCCUUUCCCCCAUCUCUCUCCCCACCGACCCCCGCCUCACCAUCCCCUCUCUCUCCCCCAUCCUCUCACCACCCCCCUCCCACCCCACCCCCCACUCUCUCCCCCAUCCUCUCUCUCCCCCACCCUCGCUCUCCCACCCCUCCCCGCACCCCUCUCUCCCCCCACCGAUCUCCAGUCCCCCCCCAUCCAUCCCCCACCGCUCUCCCCACCCUCCCCCCCUCUCCCCAGACCUCCACUCCCCGCCCCCCAGCCCAUCCCCCCCUGCCCCCCAGACCCCGCUCUCUCCCCCAUCCUCACUCUCCGCCCGCCCUCUCCCUCCCCCCAUCCCUCAUCUCUCUCUCUCCCCCUCACUCUCCCUCCCUCCUCCUCCCCUCUCUCCCCUCCCUCCAUCUCUCUCUCUCCCCCAUCCCUCUCUCCCCUCUCUCCUCCCUCCCUUCUCUCCCUCCCAGUCGUCGUCUGCAUCCCUCUCUGCUUCUGCCCCGUCCCCCUCCUAACACUACUCGUUCCAUCCUCCUCCCCCCAUAGCUCUCCCCCGACCCCCCUUUUCCCCACUCUUCUCUGCGUGCCCUCCCCUCCCUCAUCCCCAUCACUCUCUAACGCUAUCCCCUUCUCCACCCUCGAUCCCUAUCCCCCCUCUACUGCCCUCCCUCAUUAUCCUUCAUUCGCGCUCUGUCCUUCCUCCAUACCCUCUCUCCCCUCUUCUCACUGCUUCCCCCUCCACCACCCUACAUCAACCCAGGGCCGACGAUCCACUCUCUCCCGCAUCUAUCUCCCAUCCUCUUCCUACCUUUCCCCCCUCUCGUCGUCCCACCCUCUUCCGCCCCCAUCCUCUCCCUCCCCUUCCUCGUCCUCCUCCUCCGGUCUCCUCCCCUCACUCCCCCUCUUCCCAUCCCUCUCUUGACUGCUCUCCUCCCUCCCCUUCCCCACGCCUCCCCCACUCUUCCAUACCUCCCCCAUCCCCACCUUCUCUCUCCAUCCCCCCCUUUCCCCCUGCAAAACCCCCCUCUUGCUCUUUCCUAUCACCGUGUCCUCCCCAUCCUCUUCAGUCAUCCCUGGACCUGGACUAACACCUCCCCCUGCAACUGGACCUCCUCUGGGUGCCCCCAGUACGUAGAAAACUUCCCAUGCCUCGGUCCACUGCUCGACUCACCCCCCAGUCUCACACCUUCCCUAUCUGUUAUCCACACACACCCCCUUUCCCCCUUCCCCCCCCCCAAAAAAAUUUCUUUAAUUUUUUUCCUUUAUUUAAUGUACAAAAACCCCCUUUUUAAUUUUAAAACCCUUUUAACAAACCCCGCAUUAAACCCCUUUUCCCCGGACCAAAAACCUUUGGGGGAUAAAAUACCACACACCCCCCAAAAAUUUCCAAAAUUUCCAUUUUAAUUUGGGUUUUAUUACCUUUUAAAAAAUUUAACCAAUACCCUUUUCCCGAACACAUAGUCCCCCCCCCUAAACCAAAAAAUGAAAACUACCGUUAAUAUCUUACAAAUUUUUUAAAAUUGGUAAAGGUAACACCUUAAGGUAACCCCUUUCAAAAAUUUUCCCCUUCCCGCCCCCAAAAACACAUGGGGUUUCUUUAAAUCCCACGGGCCCCCCUUUUCCCAAACUGGGGAAACCCCAAGGGAACACCCCCCCUGUGGGGAAUCCCAAAUUUUCCAAAGACCCCCCAAACCCCCCCCCCCCCCCCCCCCCCCCCGGGGGGGGGGGGGGGGGCCCCUCAUGGGUUCACCCCCCCCCCCCUUUUUCCCUUUUUCAAAGCUCUCCCCCCUCCUCUCUCCUCCUCUCUCUCUCUCCCAUCCUCUCUCUCUCCCCUCCUCUCUCUCUCCCCCAUCCUCUCUUCUCUCCCCCAUCAACAGAAGAAGGGUCUGCUAAUAGCCUGUCUAUGUCAUGAUCUGGACCAUCGAGGCUACAGUAACACCUACCUGCAGAAGUUUGACCAUCCUCUAGCUGCCCUGUACAGCUCGUCGACUAUGGAGCAGCACCACUUCUCCCAGACUCUAUCCAUCCUGCAGGUAGGACUACCACACACACACACACAUACACUUUUCAUUUUAAUUGUUUUAUUACACUACAUUUUACCACUACCUCAGAUCACAUAUGGUCCCCCUCUACAGAGUGUAAAACGUACUCUGAUUAUAAUCUUACAUUUUGAGUGUUAAUGUAACACUCUGUAAUGUAACAAAUUAACACCGCAUUACGCUUGCAAGUGUUACUCAAAUGUAACACUAUGGGGUAAUUAACACUCAACAUUCACAAGGCCGCAGGGCCAGACGGAUUACCAGAACGUGUACUCCGAGUAUGCGCUGAUCAACUGGCAAGUGUCUUCACUUACAUUUUCAACAUGUCCCUGACUGAGUCUGUAAUACCAACAUGUUUCAAGCAGACCACCAUAGUCCCCGUGCCAAUGAACACUAAGAUAACCUGCCUAAAUGACUACCGGCCCGUAGCACUCACCUCUGUAGGCAUGAAGUGCUUUGAAAGGCUGGUCAUGGCUCACAUCAACACCAUUAUCCCAGAAGCCCUAGACCCACUCAAAUUUGCAUACCGCCCCAACAGAUCCACAAAUGAUGCAAUCUCUAUUGCAAUCCACACUGCCCUUUCCCACCUGGACAAAAGGAACACCUAUGUGAGAAUGCUAUUCAUUGACUACAGCUCAGUGUUCAACACCAUAGUGCCCUCAAAGCUCAUCACUAAGCUAAGGACCCUGGGACUAAACACCUCCCUCUGCAACUGGAUCCUGGACUUCCUGACGGGCCGCCCCCAGGUGGUAAGGGUAGGUAACAACACAUCUUCCACGCUGAUCCUCAACACGGGGGCCCCUCAGGGGUGCGUGCUCAGUCCCCUCCUGUACUCCCUGUUCACCCAUGACUGCAUGGCCAGGCACGACCCCAACACCAUCAUUGAGUUUGCCGACGACACAACAGUGGUAGGCCUGAUCACCGACAACGAUGAGACAGCCUAUAGGGAGGAGGUCAGAGACCUGGCCGUGUGGUGCCAGGAUAACAACCUCUCCCUCAAUGUGAGCAAGACAAAGGAGAUGAUUGUGGACUACAGGAAAAGGAGGACAGAGCACGCCCCCAUUCUCAUUGAAGGGGCUGUAGUGGAACAGGUUGAGAGCUUCAAGUUCCUUGGUGUCCACAUCACCAACAAACUAUCAUGGUUCCAAACGCACCAAGACAGUUAUGAAGAGGGCACGACAAAGCCUAUUCCCCCUCAGGAGACUGAAAAGAUUUGGCAUGGGUCCUCAGAUCCUCAAAAAGUUCUACAGCUGCACCAUCGAGAGCAUCCUGACUGGUUGCAUCACCGCCUGGUAUGGCAACUGCUCGGCCUCCGACUGCAAGGCACUACAGAGGGUAGUGCGUAUGGCCCAGUACAUCACUGGGGCCAAGCUUCCUGCCAUCCAGGACCUCUAUACCAGGCGGUGUCAGAAGAAGGCCCUAAAAAUGGUCAAAGACUCCAGCCACCCUAGUCAUAGACUGUUCUCUCUGCUACCGCACGGCAAGCGGUACCUGAGCGCCAAGUCUAGGUCCAAAAGGCUUCUUAACAGCUUCUACCCCCAAGCCAUAAGACUCCUGAACCGCUAAUCAUGGCUUCCCGGACACUGUUACUCCACACACUGUUACUCCACACACUGUUACACCACACACUCACACAAACAUUGUUAUUAACCUGUGUCACCUCCCAAUUCAAAUCCUUAUCAUUGGUAGAUGAUGAUCAUGUUCCCUGAAUCCUUGUCCUCUGAAGUAUCAGGGUUGGGGUCAAUUCGAAUUAAGGUAGUUAAUUCAAUAAGUAAUUUUAAUUUAAAACUUCAAAAGUGGAAAAAAACAUUUAAAAUAAUAGCUUUUACUUUUAAGUCAUUGAAAAUAGAUAGCCUUUAAAUUGGAAGUUCAGUUUACUUAUUGAAUUGACCCCAGCCCUGAGAAGUAUCCCUAACUACCCCCAACGCCUCAGGAUGUGCACUCUGGCUAUCCCACCUAAGUCCAGCUGAGCCAAACGCCUCAUAAGCGGAGCUUUUGCUAUUUAUUGAUCUCUUUGUUUCCCAUAGCUGGAAGGGCACAAUAUUUUCUCCAACCUGACUUCCAGUGAGUACGAGCAGGUGCUAGAAGUCAUCCACAAGGCCAUCAUCGCUACAGACCUGGCGCUCUACUUUGGCAACCGCAAACAGCUAGCUGAGCUACUGACCACGGGAGCACUGGACCUCAACAACCACCAACACAGGUCAGAGGUUACACACACACUGGACCUCAACAACCACCGACACAGGUUAGUGGUCACACACACACACACACACACACACACACACACACACACACACACACACACACACACACUGGACCUCAACAACCACCGACACAGGUCAGAGGUUAGAUAAGAGCUUUCACACUAAAGAGCUGAACUGAACCAAGCCAAAUCAGACCAAGCUUACUGAGCUGCCAUGGUUACACAUCCACCAUAGUUGCUGGAACCGUGCUGAGCUGCCAUGGUUACACAUCCACCAUAGUUGCUGGAACCGUACUGAGCUGCCAUGGUUACAUAUCCACCAUAGUUGCUAAACCUUGCUAAACAGGGCAAUGUGAAGAGAAAACAAUUUCAUCACACAGUGGUUUGGGUCAGCAUCACGGUGGUUUGGGUCAGCAUCACGGUGGUUUGGGUCAGCAUCAUGGUGGUUUGGGUCAGCAUCACAGUGGUUUGGGUCAGCAUCACGGUGGUUUGGGUCAGCAUCACGGUGGUUUGGGUCAGCAUCAUGGUGGUUUGGGUCAGCAUCAUGGUGGUUUAGGUCAGCAUCACAGUGGUUUGGGUCAGCAUCACGGUGGUUUGGGUCAGCAUCACGGUGGUUUGGGUCAGUAUCACAGUGGUUUGGGUCAGCAUCACGGUGGUUUGGGUCAGCAUCACGGUGGUUUAGGUCAGCAUCACGGUGGUUUAGGUCAGCAUCACAGUGGUUUGGGUCAGCAUCACGGUGGUUUGGGUCAGCAUCACAGUGGUUUAGGUCAGCAUCACGGUGGUUUGGGUCAGCAUCACGGUGGUUUGGGUCAGCAUCACGGUGGUUUGGGUCAGCAUCACGGUGGUUUGGGUCAGCAUCACGGUGGUUUGGGUCAGCAUCAUGGUGGUUUGGGUCAGCAUCACAGUGGUUUGGGUCAGCAUCAUGGUGGUUUGGGUCAGCAGCACGACAGUCAAAAAAGACUAAUAGAGUCAGGGGACAUCUCAAAUCAAAUCAAAUUGUAUUGGUCACAUACAUGUGUUUAGCAGAUGUUAUUGCGGGUGUAGCGAAAUGCUUGUGCUUCUAGCUCCGACAGUGCAGUAAUAUCUAACAAGUAAUAUCUAACAAUUUCACAACAUAUACCCAAUACACACAAAUCAAAGUAAGGAAUGAAUUAAGAAUAUAUACAUAUAUGGACGAGCGAUGUCAGAGCGGCAUGGACUAAGAUACAGUAGAGUAGUAUAAAAUACAGUAUAUACAGUGAGGGAAAAAAGUAUUUGAUCCCCUGCUGAUUUUGUACGUUUGCCCACUGACAAAGACAUGAUCAGUCUAUAAUUUUAAUGGUAUGUUUAUUUGAACAGUGAGAGACAGAAUAACAACAACAAAAUCCAGAAAAAUGUUAUAAAUUGAUUUGCAUUUUAAUGAGGGAAAUAAGUAUUUGACCCCUCUGCAAAACAUGACUUAGUACUUGGCAAAACCCUUGUUGGCAAUCACAGAGGUCAGACGUUUCUUGUAGUUGGCCACCAGGUUUGCACACAUCUCAGGAGGGAUUUUGUCCCACUCCUCUUUGCAGAUCUUCUCCAAGUCAUUAAGGUUUCGAGGCUGACGUUUGGCAACUCGAACCUUGAGCUCCCUCCACAGAUUUUCUAUGGGAUUAAGGUCUGGAGACUGGCUAGGCCACUCCAGGACCUUAAUGUGCUUCUGUGGCUGUGUGUUUUGGGUCAUUGUCAAAGCUGGAAUACCCAUCCACGACCCAUUUUCAAUGCCUUGGCUGAGGGAAGGAGGUUCUCACCCAAGAUUUGACGGUACAUGGCCCCGUCCAUCGUCCCUUUGAUGCGGUGAAGUUGUCCUGUCCCCUUACCAGAAAAACACCACCAAAACAUAAUGUUUCCACCUCCAUGUUUGACGGUGGGGAUGGUGUUCUUGGGGUCAUAGGCAGCAUUCCUCCUCCUCCAAACACGGCGAUUUGAGUUGAUGCCAAAGAGCUCCAUUUUGGUACACUUUCACCCAGUUCUCCUCUGAAUCAUUCAGAUGUUCAUUGGCAAACUUCAGAAGGGCAUGUAUAUGUGCUUUCUUGAGCAGGGGGACCUUGCGGGCGCUGCAGGAUUUCAGUCAUUCACGGCGUAGUGUGUUACCAAUUGUUUUCUUGGUGACUAUGGUCCCAGCUGCCUUGAGAUCAUUGACAAGAUCCUCCUGUGUAGUUCUGGGUUGUUUCCUCACCGUUCUCAUGAUCAUUGCAACUCCACAAGGUGAGAUCUUAAAUGGAGCCCCAGGCCGAGGGAGAUUGACAGUUAUUUUGUGUUUCUUCCAUUUGCGAAUAAUCGCACCAACUGUUGUCACCUUCUCACCAAGCUGCUUGGCGAUGGUCUUGUAGCCCAUUCUAGCCUUGUGUAGGUCUACAAUCUUGUCCCUGACAUCCUUGGAGAGCUCUUUGGUCUUGGCCAUGGUGGAGAGUUUGGAAUCUGAUUGAUUGAUUGCUUCUGUGGACAGGUAUCUUUUAUACAGGUAACAAACUGAGAUUAGGAGCACUCCCUUUAAGAGUGUGCUCCUAAUCUCAGCUCGUUACCUGUAUAAAAGACACCUGGGAGCCAGAAAUCUUUCUGAUUGAGAGGGGGUCAAAUACUUAUUUCCCUCAUUAAAAUGCAAAUCAAUUUAUAACAUUUAUGCCAUGCGUUUUUCUGGAUGUUUUUGUUGUUAUUCUGUCUCUCACUGUUCAAAUAAACCUACCAUUAAAAUUAUAGACUGAUCAUGUCUUUGUCAGUGGGCAAACGUACAAAAUCAGCAGGGGAUCAAAUACUUUUUUCCCACACUGUACAUAUGAGAUGAGUAAUGCAAGAUAUGUAAACAUUAUUAAAGUGGCUAGUGUUCCAUUUCUUCAAGUGGCCAGUGAUUUCUAGUCUUUGUCUAUAGGCAGCAGCCUCUAAUGUGCUAGUAAUGGCUGUUUAAUAGUCUGAUGGCCUUGAGAUAGAAGCUGUUUUUCAGUCUCUCGGUCCCAGCUUUGAUGCACCUGUACUGACCUCACCUUCUGGAUGAUAGCGGGGUGAACAGGCAGUGGCUCGGGUGGUUGAUGUCCUUGAUUAUAUUUUUGGCCUUCCUGUGACAUCGGGUACUGUAGGUGUCCUGGAGGGUGGGUAGUUUGCCCCCGGUAAUGCGUUGGGCAGACCGCACCACCCUCUGGAGAGCCUUGCUGUUGCGGGUGGUGCAGUUGCCGUACAGGGCGUUGAUACAGCCCGACAGGAUGCUCUCAAUUGUGCAUCUGUAAAAGUUUGUGAUGGUUUUAGGUGCCAAGCCAAAUUUCUUUAGCCUCCUGAGGUUGAAGAGGCUCUGUUGCGCCUUCUUCACCACACUUUCUGUGUGGGUGGUCCAUUUCAGUUUGUCAGUGAUGUGUACGCCAAGGAACUUGAAGAUUUCCACCUUCUCCACUGCGGUCCCGUCGAUGUAGAUAGGGGGGUGCACCCUCUGCUGUUUCCUGAAGUCCACAAACAUCUCCUUUGUUUUGUUGACGUUGAGUGAGAGGUUAUUUUCCUGGCACCACACUCCCAGAGCCCUCACCUCCUCCCUGUAGGUGGUCUCGUCAUUGUUGGUAAUCAGGCCUACUACUGUUGUGUUGUCUGCAAACUUGAUGAUUGAGUUGGAGGCGUCUUUGACCACGCAGUCAUGGGUGAACAGGGAGUACUGGAGUGGGCUGAGCACGCACCCUUGUCGGGCCCCUGUGUUGAGGAUCAGCGAAGUGGAGGUGUUGUUUCCUACCUUCACCACCUUGGGGCGGCCCGUCAGGAAGUCCAGGACCCAGUUGCACAGGGCGAGGUUCAGACCCAGGGCCUCAAGCUUAGUGAUGAGCUUGGAGGGUACUAUGGUGUUGAAUGCAGAGCUAUAGUCAAUGAACAGCAUUCUUACAUAGGUAUUCCUCUUGUCCAGAUGGGAUAGGGCAGUGUGAAGAGUGAUGGCGUUUGCAUAGUCUUUUGAUCUAUUGGGGCGGUAAGCAAAUUGACGUGGGUCUAGGGUGGCAGGUAAGGUAGAGGUGAUAUGAUCUCAAAGCACUUCAUGAUGACAGAGGUGAGUGUACUUACAUCUGCACUCAUUCUGAUGCAUCUGGAAAAUACAGUCCAUUCGGAAAAUAUUCAGACCCCUUUACUUUUUCCACAUUUUGUUACGUUACAGCCUUAUUCUAAAAUGGAUUAAAUAGCUUUUUUCCCUCAUCAAUCUACACACAAUACCCCAUAAUGACAAAGCAAUAACAGGUUUCUGGACUUUUUAGCAAAUGUAUUAAAAAUAAAAAACUGAAAUAGGACUUUUAUUUAAGUAUUCAGACCCUUUACUCAGUACUUUGUUGAAGCACCUUUGGCAGCGAUUACAGCCUCGAGUCUUCUUGGGUAUGACGCUACAAGCUUGGCACACCUGUAUUUGGGAAGUUUCUCCCAUUCUUCUCUGCAGAUCCUCUCUAGCUCUGUCAGGUUGGAUGAGCUAUUUUCAGGUCUCUCCAGAGAUGUUCGAUCGGGUUCAAGUCCGGGCUCUGGCUGGGCCACUCAAGGACAUUCAGAGACUUGUCCCGAAGCCACUCCUGCGUUGUCUUGGCUGUGUGCUUAGGGUCGUUGUUCUGUUGGAAGGUGAACCUUCACCCCAGUCUGAGGUCAUGAGCGCUCUGGAGCAGGUUUUCAUCAAGGAUCUCUCUCUGUACUUUGCUCUGUUCAUCUUUCCCUCGAUCCUGUCUCCCAGUCCCUGCCGCUGAAAAACAUCCCCACAGCCACCACCAUACUUCACCGUAGGGAUGGUGGCAGGUUUCCACCAGACGUGACGCUUAACAUUCAGGCCAAAGAGUUCAAUCUUGGUUUCAUCAGACCAGAGAAUCUUGUUUCUCAUGGUCUGAGAGUCCUUUAGGUGCCUUUUGGCAAACUCCAAGCGGGCUGUCAUGUGCCUUUUACUGAGGAGUGGCUUCCGUCUGGCCACUCUACCAUAAAGGCCUGACUGGUGGAGUGCUGCAGAGAUGGUUGUCCUUCUGGAAGAUUCUCCCAUCUCCACAGAGGAACUCUGGAGGUCUGUCAGAGUGACCAUUGGGUUCUUGGUCACCUCCCUGACCAAGGCUCUUCUCCCCCGAUUGCUCAUUUUGGCCGGGCGGCCAGCUCUAGGAAGAGUCUUGGUGGUUCCAAACUUCUUCCAUUUAAGAAUGAUAGAGGCCACUGUGUUCUUGGGGACCUUCAAUGCUGCAGAAAUGUUUUGGUACCCUUCCCCAGAUAUGUGCCUCAACACAAUCCUGUCUCGGAGCUCUACGGACAAUUCCUUCGACCUCAUGGCUUGGUUUUUUCUCUGACAUGCACUGUCAACUGUAGGACCUUAAAUAGACAGGUGUGUGCCUUUCCAAAUCAUGUCCAAUCAAUAGAAUUUACCACAGGUGGACUCCAAUCAAGUUGUAGAAACAUCUCAAGGAUGAUCAAUGGAAACAGGAUGCACCUGAGUCUCAUAGCAAAGGGUCUGAAUACUUAUGUAAAUAAGGUAUUUCUGUUUGAGUUUUUUUAUAAAUGUGCUAAAAUUUCUAAAAACCUGUUUUCACUUCGUCAUUAUGGUGUAUUGUGUGUAGAUUGGGGAGGGAAAAAAAUAAUUUCAUCAAUUUUAGAAUAAGGCUGUAACGUCACAAAAUGUGGAAAAUGUCAAGGGGUCUGAAUAGUUUCUGAAUGCACUGUAGAUAUAAAUAAUACAUACAUAAAAACAAAUACUUCUCUUUCCCCAGGGACCGUGUGAUUGGUCUGAUGAUGACAGCAUGUGACCUGUGUUCCGUUACCAAGCUGUGGUCAAUCACGCGACUCACGGCCAAUGAUAUCUACGCUGAGUUCUGGGCCGAGGUACAGUAGUAUAAUUCACUACACUCUUAGAAGAAAAGGGUUCUUUGUUUGUCCCCGAAAGAGAACCUUUUUAGGAUCCAGGUAGAACCCUUUGGUGGUGAAAAACGUUCUCCUUAUAACCUUUUAGUGUUGAAAGGGUUCCAAGUCCUUGUAUUAGUGGAAGGGUUCCACUUGGAACAAAAAAAAACAUUAUUUUCAGAGGGUUCUCCUAUGGGGACCGAACCCUUUAUAGUUCUAGGUUGAACCUUAUUUUCUAAGAGUGUACUACAGUACUGCUGUUUUAAAGAGUUAAUCAAUUAAUUAAUUAUGAAUAAAUUAUGAAUGAAUGGAUUAUGACAAAGGAAUUAAUCAUAGUACUCAAAAUAUCAUCAGGUGUCACUAUGCUUUGUCCUUUUGGUCUCAAUAACCUCCUCCAUUCUACAUCCUCUCUUCCUCUUCCUCUUCCUCUUUCUCUUUCUCUCUUCCUCUCUUCCUCUCCUCUCUUCCUCUCCUCUUCCUCUCUUCCUCUUCCUCUCCUCCUCUCCUCUUACUCUCCUCCUCCUCUUCCUCUCCUCUCUUCCUCUCCUCCUCUUCCUCUCCACUUACUCUCCUCCUCCUCUUCCUCUCCUCUUCCUCUCCUCCUCCUCUCCUCCUCUCCUCUCCAGGGGGAUGAGAUGAAGAAGAUAGGUAUGCAGCCCAUCCCUAUGAUGGACAGAGAUAAGAAGGAAGAGGUUCCUCAGGGGCAGGUCAGAACUUCACCUCCCCUCUGCCCUUGUCCACUCCCCUUUACUGAUCUGAGACCGGUGUAGGUGGAAAACAAUGGUUUAAACGACAACAGCUCCACUCCACAUAGUUUCCAUAUUUCUUUCCCAUCCAGUCCCAUCAGAUCUGUGAAGGGGAGUUGUUAGAUUAAUUUGGAUUUUAAGAAUAAUGACUAAAGAAUUUCACCCCAAACACAGUAUAAAUGUUAGAAUUAUCAUGUAGUGUCAACCCACUAACAGAAGGGGCGUUACUAACCAUUCAAGGGGGAAGGCGGGAACUGUUUAAGAAAGGUGGGAGGAGCAUAGUGUCUUUGUUUAUCAAGGGGUAUAAAACAGUAUGUUUGUGCCUUUGGCCCCAGAGCUCUCCUUAAAUAAAAUGUACUGAUAAUUACUUGUGGAUUGUGGACCUUGAAUCAUUGAUGAUUAAAACCAGAGCUUUACAACCUCUGGUAAUGAUUCAAGCUUAGGUCGAAUUAGAGAUAGAAAUUCACGUGACAGGAGUUGUUGUCAUUAUCCUCCUCUGUUUCUCUAGGUGGGGUUCUACAAUGCUGUUGUUAUUAUCCUCCUCUGUUUCUCUAGGUGGGGUUCUACCUAGCUGUUGUUAUUAUCCUCCUCUGUUUCUCUAGGUGGGGUUCUACAAUGCUGUUGCCCUCCCAUGUUAUACUACAUUAUCUGAGCUCUUCCCCCCGUCUAGCCCUCUUCUACAAGCCUGCAAGUAAGUAACAUACAAAACACAUCAUAUAUUACAUGGACUACACAGCAUAUAUUACAUGGACUACACACCGUAUAUUACAUGGACUACACACACCAUAUAUUACAUGGACUACACACCAUAUAUUACAUGGACUACACACCAUAUAUUACAUGGACUACACACACCAUAUAUUACAUGGACUACACACCAUAUAUUACAUGGACUACACACCAUAUAUACAUGGACUACACACCAUAUAUUACAUGGACUACACACCAUAUAUUACAUGGACUCACACCAUAUAUUACAUGGACUACACACCAAUAUUACAUGGACUACACACACCAUAUAUUACAUGGACUAACACACCAUAUAUUACAUGGACUACACACCAUAUAUUACAUGGACUACACACACCAUAUAUUACAUGGACUACACACACCAUAUAUUACAUGGACUACACACACCAUAUAUUACAUGGACUACACACACCAUAUAUUACAUGGACUACACAGCAUAUAUUACAUGGACUACACACCAUAUAUUACAUGGACUACACACACCAUAUAUUACAUGGACUACACACCAUAUAUUACAUGGACUACACACCAUAUAUUACAUGGACUACACACAUCAUAUAUUACAUGGACUACACACACCAUAUAUUACAUGGACUACACACACCAUAUAUUACAUGGACUACACACCAUAUAUUACAUGGACUACACACACCAUAUAUUACAUGGACUACACACCAUAUAUUACAUGGACUACACACACAAUAUAUUACAUGGACUACACCACCAUAUAUUACAUGGACUACACACACCCAUAUUACAUGGACUACACACAACAUUAUAUACAUGGACUACAACACCAUAUAUUACAUGGACUACACACACCAAUAUUUACAUGGACUACCACACCAUAUUACAUGGACUACACACCAUAUAUUACAUGGACUACACACCAUAUAUUACAUGGACUACACACCAUAUAUUACAUGGACUACACACACCAUAUAUUACAUGGACUACACACACCAUAUAUUACAUGGACUACACACACAUAUAUUACAUGGACUACACACCAUAUAUUACAUGGACUACACACACCAUAUAUUACAUGGACUACAACACACCAUAUAUUACAUGGACUACACCACUCAAUUACAUGGACUACACACACCAUAUAUUACAUGGACUACACACACCAUAUAUUACAUGGACUACACACCAUAUAUUACAUGGACUACACACCAUAUAUUACAUGGACUACACACACCAUAUAUUACAUGGACUACACACCAUAUAUUACAUGGACUACACACACAUAUAUUACAUGGACUACACAUCAUAUAUUACAUGGACUACACACACCAUAUAUUACAUGGACUACACACACCAUAUAUUACAUGGACUACACAUCAUAUAUUACAUGGACUACACACACCAUAUAUUACAUGGACUACACACACCAUAUAUUACAUGGACUACACACACCAUAUAUUACAUGGACUACACACACCAUAUAUUACAUGGACUACACACACCAUAUAUUACAUGGACUACACACACCAUAUAUUACAUGGACUACACAUCAUAUAUUACAUGGACUACACAUCAUAUAUUACAUGGACUACACCACACCAUAUAUUACAUGGACUACACACAUCAUAUAUUACAUGGACUACACACAUAUAUUACAUGGACUACACACACCAUAUAUUACAUGGACUACACACCAUAUAUUACAUGGACUACACCAUCAUAUAUUACAUGGACUACACACACCAUAUAUUACAUGGACUACACAUCAUAUAUUACAUGGACUACACAUCAUAUAUUACAUGGACUACACAUCAUAUAUUACAUGGACUACACACACCAUAUAUUACAUGGACUACACACUCAUAUAUUACAUGGACUACACAUCAUAUAUUUACAUGGACUACACAUCAUAUAUUACAUGGACUACACAUCAUAUAUUACAUGGACUACAACACACCAUAUAUUACAUGGACUACACAUCAUAUAUUACAUGGACUACACAUCAUAUAUUACAUGGACUACACACAUCAUAUAUUACAUGGACUACACACCAUAUAUUACAUGGACUACACACCAUAUAUUACAUGGACUACACACACCAUAUAUUACAUGGACUACACACACCAUAUAUUACAUGGACUACACAUCAUAUAUUACAUGGACUACACACCAUAUAUUACAUGGACUACACACCAUAUAUUACAUGGACUACACACAUCAUAUAUUACAUGGACUACACACACCAUAUAUUACAUGGACUACACACCAUAUAUUACAUGGACUACACACACCAUAUAUUACAUGGACUACACACACCAUAUAUUACAUGGACUACACACCAUAUAUUACAUGGACUACACACACCAUAUAUUACAUGGACUACACACACCAUAUAUUACAUGGACUACACACCAUAUAUUACAUGGACUACACACCAUAUAUUACAUGGACUACACACAUCAUAUAUUACAUGGACUACACACCAUAUAUUACAUGGACUACACACACCAUAUAUUACAUGGACUACACACACCAUAUAUUACAUGGACUACACACCAUAUAUUACAUGGACUACACACCAUAUAUUACAUGGACUACACACAUCAUAUAUUACAUGGACUACACACCAUAUAUUACAUGGACAACACACACCAUAUAUUACAUGGACUACACACAUCAUAUAUUACAUGGACUACACACAUCAUAUAUUACAUGGACUACACACCAUAUAUUACAUGGACAACACACACCAUAUAUUACAUGGACUACACACAUCAUAUAUUACAUGGACUACACACAUCAUAUAUUACAUGGACUUCACAUCAUAUAUUACAUGGACUACACACACCAUAUAUUACAUGGACUACACACACCAUAUAUUACAUGGACUACACACACCAUAUAUUACAUGGACUACACAUCAUAUAUUACAUGGACUACACACCAUAUAUUACAUGGACUACACACAUCAUAUAUUACAUGGACUACGAACCAUAUAUUACAUGGACUACACACCAUAUGUUACAUGGACUACACACACCAUAUAUUACAUGGACUACACAUCAUAUAUUACAUGGACUACACAUCAUAUAUUACAUGGACUACACACACCAUAUAUUACAUGGACUACACACAUAUAUUACAUGGACUACACACCAUAUAUUACAUGGACUACACACAUCAUAUAUUACAUGGACUACACAUCAUAUAUUACAUGGACUACACACCAUAUAUUACAUGGACUACACACCGUAUAUUACAUGGACUACACACCAUAUAUUACAUGGACUACACACACCAUAUAUUACAUGGACUACACACCAUAUAUUACAUGGACUACACACCAUAUAUUACAUGGACUACACACACCAUAUAUUACAUGGACUAUACACACCAUAUAUUACAUGGACUACACACACCAUAUAUUACAUGGACUACACACACCAUAUAUUACAUGGACUACACACACCAUAUAUUACAUGGACUACACACCAUAUAUUACAUGGACUACACACCAUAUAUUACAUGGACUACACACACCCAUAUAUUACAUGGACUACCACACCAUAUAUUACAUGGACUACACAACCAUAUAUUACAUGGACUACAACACCAUAUAUUACAUGGACUACACACACCAUAUAUUACAUGGACUACACAUCAUAUAUUACAUGGACUAUACACACCAUAUAUUACAUGGACUACACAUCAUAUAUUACAUGGACUACACACACCAUAUAUUACAUGGACUACACACAUCAUAUAUUACAUGGACUACACACCAUAUAUUACAUGGACUACACACAUCAUAUAUUACAUGGACUACACACACCAUAUAUUACAUGGACUACACAUCAUAUAUUACAUGGACUACACACACCAUAUAUUACAUGGACUACACACACCAUAUAUUACAUGGACUACACACCAUAUAUUACAUGGACUCCACACCAUAUAUUACAUGGACAACACACACCGUAUAUUACAUGGACUACACACCAUAUAUUACAUGGACUACACACACCAUAUAUUACAUGGAUACACACACCAUAUAUUACCUGGACUACACACAUCAUAUAUUACAUGGACUACACACACCAUAUAUUACAUGGACUACACACCAUAUAUUACAUGGACUACACACACCAUAUAUUACAUGGACUACACACCAUAUAUUACAUGGACUAUACACCAUAUAUUACAUGGACUACACACCAUAUAGUACAUGGACUACACACCAUAUAUUACAUGGACUACACACCAUAUAGUACAUGGACUAAUAUAUAUCUGCAUCAGCAUCACGUGAACAUGCACAUGCACACACACACACUCACUAUCUUCCUACCGGCCUUUUGACCAUAGUAUGAUUGUGUUUCCACAGGGAGAACCUUGGCCAUUGGGAGAAGAUAGUGAAUGGAGAGGAGGAGGACAGUGGAGUGAGAGGAGUGUGGGCUCCAUCAGAGCCUGUUGACCCCAGGGUAGAGCCUGUUGACCCCAGGGUAGAGCCUGUUGACCCCAGGGUAGAGCCUGUUGACCCCAGGGUAGAGCCUGUUGACCCCAGGGUAGAGCCUGUUGACCCCAGGGUAGAGCCUGUUGACCCCAGGGUAGAGCCUGUUGACCCCAGGGUAGAGCCUGUUGACCCCAGGGUAGAGCCUGUUGACCCCAGGGUAGAGCCCAGCACGGAGGAACCAUCUAACCCUGACUCAGGCCCUGUGAAGGUGGACAACUGA